GUUCAUAGGAAAAGUCCUUUGCCGUAGAAGACUUAUGUAUUUGAUCUGGUACUGAAGUUAUUUUGUAUGACAGAAUGUUGCCCAUAGUGGAUCAUGUGCUGGAUGCACUAAAUGUGGAGCACACCACAUUCAGAAUCUUUGCCGUCACUGCCUUGCUUCUCCUCUCUGUUGUUGUCAUUCUUCAGACCUGCCUCAAGGUGGUGCUGUUUGUGAACGCAUAUAUCACCAAUGUUCAAAGAUUGCGCUGCUUCCCAGAGCCUCCAAGGCGAAAUUGGUUUUUGGGACACCUAGGAUUGUUUUUGCCUAAUGAAGAGGGUUUGAAUGAAGUCAGCAAGCUAGUCACAACAUUUUCCUACAGUCUGAAGACAUGGAUGGGACCUGCCUUGCCUUUAAUCUCGCUUGUUCAUCCGGACACCGUUAAAACAAUGGUAUCAGCUUCAGCUCUCAUUGCCCCCAAAGAUGAACUAUUUUAUGGCUUUCUAAGACCCUGGCUAGGAGAUGGCCUUCUACUCAGUCGUGGGGAGAAAUGGGGACAGCAUCGUCGUCUCUUGACCCCUGGAUUUCAUUUUGAUAUCCUAAAAAAUUAUGUGAAAAUCUUCAACCAAAGCACUGAUAUUAUGCAUGCCAAAUGGCGCCGACUGUGUGUAGGAGGCCCAGUUUCGCUGGAUAUGUUUGAACACAUCAGCCUGAUGACGUUGGAUUCACUUCUGAAGUGCACGUUCAGCUAUGACAGUGACUGCCAAGAGAAACCAAGUGAUUAUAUUGCUGCAAUAUAUGAGCUCAGCUCCUUAGUGGUGAAACGUGAACACUGUCUUCCCCACCAUUUUGAUUUAAUUUACCGAUUCUCCUCCAAUGGAAGAAAGUUCAGACACGCAUGCAAUAUAGUGCACGAUUUUACUUCAGGUGUGGUACAGCAGAGGAAGAAAGCACUACAAGAGAAGGGGGCAGAGAGCUGGAUAAAAUCCAAACAAGGGAAGACCACAGAUUUCAUUGACAUUCUGUUACUCUCAAAGGAUGACAACGGAAGACAGCUCUCUGAUGAAGAGAUGAGGGAUGAGGUUGACACCUUUAUGUUCGAAGGACAUGAUACCACAGCCAGUGGACUGUCCUGGAUCAUGUAUAACUUGGCUCGUCACCCUGAAUAUCAAGACAAAUGUAGAGAGGAGAUCAAAGAAUUAAUUAAAGGGAAAGACACAACCCACUUGGAAUGGGAUGACCUGUCUCUGCUGCCAUUUAACACAAUGUGUAUCAAGGAAAGCCUUAGACUACACCCUCCUGUAACAGCAGUGUCCAGAAGGUGUACUGAGGAUAUCACUCUUCCGGAUGGGAAAGUCAUUCCUAAAGGAAAUAUCUGUCUCAUAAGUAUAUAUGGAACCCAUCACAAUCCUGCUGUAUGGCCAAACCCUGAGGUCUAUGAUCCAUACCGUUUUGAUCCAGCACAAGCACAGGAGAGGUCCUCACAUGCAUUUGUGCCUUUCUCUGCUGGGCCAAGGAACUGUAUAGGACAAAACUUUGCCAUGGCUGAGAUGAAAGUAGUUCUGGCACUCACACUUUUGAAUUUCAAAGUGAGCCUGGAUCCAACCAAGACAGUGCGCCGAAAGCCAGAACUGAUCCUACGAGCUGAAGGUGGGCUCUGGCUUCAAGUAGAGGAACUUAAACCUUAAUGUUACG